UAUGACUCAACAACUGAUCAGACAAAUAUUUAUUUUUCAAGUAAAAAUUAUAGAGAUUUUUUCUUCCCAAGUAGAUGAAAAAAAAAUCUCAAUAAAAUCUAUUAACACGCAAAUUAAAGGGAAAAUUCCACCCUCUUAAACCGUUUAAAUCUCUUCCAGUCUUGGUUCUAUUUACGAUCGUGCACUUCUCAUCUCUACUUUUCACUGUUAAUUUCGCUUGUAAUCGAGGUGAAACAUAACCUCACUUCACACAGAGGCAAGAACGUCGAGCUUCACGAGUAGUGAGCGAAUUAAAGAGUGCGGAGUGAAUAACUAAGACGAUUUAAUAAGUGCAAAUAUGCCGGAUCAUUUAGGAGAAGAUAUGCGAAAGGUGAAGAACGAGGAGGAGAAAGAAGAGAAGGAGAUUAAAUCAUUGGAUGAAGGCGACAUCGCCUUGCUGAAGACCUACGGCCAAGGACAAUACACGAAGUGUAUCAAGGCUGUCGAGGAGGAUACUCAAACGAUCAUCAAGCGUGUAAAUGAUUUAACUGGGAUCAAAGAAUCGGACACCGGCUUGGCACCACCGGCGCUGUGGGACUUGGCGGCAGAUAAGCAGACUCUACAGAAUGAACAACCCCUUCAAGUGGCACGUUGCACCAAGAUCAUAAACGCGGAUUCCGACGAUCCAAAGUACAUAAUAAACGUCAAGCAAUUUGCAAAGUUCGUGGUCGACCUAGCGGAUUCUGUGGCACCCACUGACAUAGAAGAAGGCAUGAGGGUAGGAGUGGAUCGUAACAAGUACCAAAUUCAUAUACCGUUACCGUCUAAGAUCGACCCUACCGUGACAAUGAUGCAAGUGGAGGAGAAACCUGACGUCACCUACAGUGACGUCGGUGGUUGCAAGGAACAGAUCGAGAAGUUACGAGAAGUCGUCGAAACGCCGCUGUUACACCCGGAGAAAUUCGUCAAUUUGGGCAUCGAGCCGCCGAAAGGAGUUCUGCUGUUUGGACCACCGGGUACGGGGAAGACACUCUGCGCCAGAGCGGUGGCUAACAGGACGGACGCCUGUUUCAUACGUGUGAUUGGUUCAGAGUUAGUGCAGAAAUACGUCGGCGAGGGCGCUCGAAUGGUCAGGGAAUUGUUCGAAAUGGCGCGAAGUAAAAAGGCGUGUCUGAUAUUCUUCGACGAGAUCGAUGCGAUCGGCGGUGCACGUUUCGACGAUGGCGCGGGCGGCGAUAACGAAGUGCAAAGGACCAUGCUCGAGUUGAUCAAUCAGUUGGACGGUUUCGACCCGCGCGGCAACAUAAAGGUCCUGAUGGCGACGAACAGGCCGGACACACUGGACCCCGCGCUGAUGCGACCGGGCCGUCUCGACAGGAAGAUCGAGUUCGGCCUGCCGGACCUCGAGGGCCGCACGCACAUCUUCAAGAUUCACGCGCGCUCGAUGAGCGUCGAGAGGGACAUCCGAUUCGAGCUGCUCGCGCGACUUUGCCCGAACAGCACCGGCGCCGAGAUCCGUUCCGUCUGCACCGAGGCGGGUAUGUUCGCGAUUCGCGCGCGCCGCAAGGUCGCCACGGAGAAGGACUUCCUCGAGGCGGUCAACAAGGUCAUCAAGUCGUACGCCAAGUUCUCCGCGACGCCCAAGUACAUGACCUACAAUUAGAGCGCGUCGCGCGACCUUUUCGGUUCGCUUUGAUAAGUUGUCAUUAGAUAAGACUUAAGUGUAAUUAUUUCUAUCGGCCGGAAGAGAGAUAAAUCAGAAAGCAAUCGUGUUCUUGGACAGAAUAAAUGAUUUUUGUUCGUCUGAUGCUAAA